UCGUGCAGCCGCCACCGGAGGCACAUAAAUAGGAGUCUGGGAGGGCUGUGGGGUGAAGACCAGAGACGCCUCUCAGGAUCCUGCACCACAUCCCAGCGCCUGUCCUGACUGCCCAGACACCCUACAGGUAACCAGGAACAUCUCCUCUUUCCCUCCCAGGAACAUGGCCCUCACCGGCGCCCUUCUGCUGCUGCUCACCCACCUCCUGCUCGGCGGCGUGGCCCCAAAACCCACGUGUGACCCCAGCACCUGCACCCCGUGCCCUGAGAGGGACCUGGAGGGGCCAACCAGCACCACUGCCGGGGGCUGCUGCCCCCCCUGCCCCCCGCCCUGCGCCUGCCCCCCUCACCUGGAGAGUGAGUGCGAGAUGCAAGGCUUCUCCAGCGGCCGCGUCCCCGCCGGCCGCUCCUUCUACAUCGACUUCGCCCGCAAGCUGUGCACCUGCCACCCCGGGGCGGGCAUCACCUGCGCCCCGCUGUGCCCACCCCUGCCCCAAACCUGCCAGGCUGUGGGCAGCCCCGUGGCUGACGGGUGCCCACGCUGUGUCUGCUAUGACCAGGACGAGAUGGCGGUGCCCGCCGGCACCACCACCGUGCGCGGCACCCAGACCUGCUCCUGCCCUCCCCAGGGUGGGCAGCUGCAGUGCAGUGGUGGGGAGGGCAAGGAGUGAGGC